AAAUAUUCGAUAUUCGGGAAAAUAUUCGUAUUCGUGUGAGCCUACCAUUCAUCUCCCCGACUCCCCUUUCCUCUCAAAAUCAGCAGCGCAGUAUAAGCAAAACCGGUGAAAUCCGAAGGUCGCUCAAUUGGCUGAUUGCGGCCUCCAUAAAACCAAUCAAUCGUGAUAAAAAACGAAAACAGGAUUCUUGAGCGUGACAUGUUGUUCCAUAAAUAACCUACCAAAAUCACAGCUACUUCGACAAUAUGCCAAGAGUGGAAGUGAUUGGGGAGGGGGAUAAUAGACUAUCAAGGUUAGAGGGGCUAUUUCUAUCUCGGUCUUUGGUGGGAAGCCCUAGAAGACACCCGAAACCCUGUUCUGACCACCUAUUCGUAUUCGAUUCCGUAUUCGUCGCAAAACCGAAUAUUCGAACCGUAUUUGAAUUCGAAUAGAAAGUGGUAUUCGAUCAAAUACGAAAACACACAAGUAUUCGACAAAUACUAUUUUUUUCAUGCCGUAUUCGAUACCGUAUUCGUUUUUGCAGGCUUAGGUGGCGGGCUCCAGAGCGGUGCCAUGCCUGGAGCAUCUCUGACAGGCCUCCCUCUCCCUAGCGGCCGCUAGAGUUUUGCAUUGGCGAGCUGUGUCCGUGCGGACGAGGGAGACCCUGCUUUUCCCUCCCUUGCCCCUGCUUCUCCCCCCCUCGCCCGCUGUUAUCCCCCCCUGGUCUGCCGCUUGUCCCACCCCUUGCCCACUGUUUUCCACCCCUUGCUCGUUGCCUUCCCCUCCCUUGGCCCUGCUUUUCCCCCCCAUUGCCCGCUGUUAUUUUCCCCCCCCUUGCCCGCCGCUUGUCCCACCCCUUGCCCGCUGUUUUCCCCUCCUUGCCCGUUGCCUUCCCCUCCCUUGGCCCUGCCUUUCCCCCCCAUUGCCCGCUGUUAUUUCCCUCCCCAGGCCCGCUGCUUUUCCCCCUGGCCUGUUGCUUUUCCCUCCCUUGCCCCUGCUCUUCCCCCCCUCGCCCGCUGUUAUCCCCCCCUUGUCCGCCGCUUGUCCCACCCCUUGCCCGCUGUUUUCCCCUCCUUGUCCGUUGCCUUCCCCUCCCUUGGCCCUACCUUUCCCCCCCAUUGCCCGCUGUUAUUUUCCCCCCCUUGCCCACUGCUUUUCCCCCUGGCCUGUUGCUUUUCCCUCCCUUGCCCCUGCUUCUCCCCCCCUCGCCUGCUGUUAUCCCCCCCGGGGCUGCCGCUUGUCCCACCCCUUGCCCACUGUUUCCCACCCCUUGCUCGUUGCCUUCCCCUCCCUUGGCCCUGCUUUUCCCUCCCAUUGCCCGCUCAUGCGGCCCCCGUGGCCAUGACCCACACCCCCUGCAAUGGGGGGAAGGGCGGCCCCGGCGCACUCCGACGGUCGGGGAGAGCCGGUAGCCGCCCUUCUCCCUACUCAUUCCCUUCCAUCCCCCCACCGGCCCCGGUCGAGAAAACCGUCGGCAAGGGCGGGGACCAGGCGCGCUCUAACUCGCGAGGCCGGAAACGACCUCGGGAGAAGGCGGAGGAAGGCGCUGCCUCACGCCUGGAGAAGCAGGAGCGCAAAGCCACACGCUCGCGCUCCCAUGGUCGCAAAAAGUCAUCUGCCCCCCCUCCGCCACUCCCACAGGCCAACACUAGCGCCAGGAGAGCCCCCACCUCCUCCACACCCAUGGCCACAGGUAGCAAGGCUGGCACAGCGGCAGGAGAGGCUGCAGGUGUGGCAACUGCAGGGGCGGUUGCAACAGUGGCAGCCAUCAAGACUGCGGCAAAGGAGGCUGCCGCAUGAGUCACCGCAGGGGGUACUCCAGCGGAAGCUGCUAUGGCAGAGGCAGAGGCAGGAGAGGCUUCAUGGGGGAAGGAGGAAAAGGCGGCUGCAGAGGCGGUAGCAGCACAGGCUGUAG